AUGGCUUCUACAGAGGACGACGAUGUAGCAUCCAGACAGUUGGAGUGGCUUCGGAAAGUGCGGGAGGCUGUGCACCUGACUGGUCCACCGCCUCCAGAGGUGUUGAGGUCGCUGGCGCCUCCAGAGGAGGACGGAAGCGACGACGACGUGACGGAUCGAAAGACCUCCGAGCCGAGCGAAGGGAGGGGCUCGGUGCGCCGGGAGCAGAGGGAGCCGAUCUCGCCCACCAGCCCGAAGGUGGUUGAGGAGCUGGCGAGCCUGCGCUGGGAGCUUCAAGACCGACAGAGGACGGUGACGCAGCUGGAGGAGCUAGUUGACCUGCUGCAAACCCGAUGUCGCGAGUUGGAGGAUGAGAGCCGCGAGCUUGUGGACUUGGCUGCCUCGAAGCACGAACAAGAGCAAUUGGAGGCGGGUGUCCCACACGAGCGCCGAGAUGAAGAUGACUACAUCGCGUCCAUCAAGGAGCGGCAGCUCUCGCGGGAGCCCAUUCCUCCACUGGGGCGGUGUCCCACCAUGGCUCUCUCGGCCAAGCUGGUGCCGAACGACGCCCUGGGCGCCCUGGGCGCGGAGCGCGAUGGUCUCACGUCCGCCGAGGCGGCGAAGCGCAUCGAGGACGUCCUGCUGCGCGCCUGGGGGCCCUUGCAGGAGUAUGGCCCCAACGAAAUCCCAGUGAUUGAGACACCCAUCUGGAAGAUGAUCCUGUCACAGUUCGUGGGUACCAUGCCCGUGAUGCUGGAGGUGAGUUGUGUCAUCUCCGCUGCCGCGGGCGACUGGCCCGACUUCUUUGUGAUCUUAGCCAUGGUCCUGGUGAAUGCUGCACUGGGCUUCCGGGAAGAGAUGAAAGCCAAGAAUGCGUUGGCAGAGUUGACGAAUCAGAUGGAGUCCAGCAUCCCUUGCUUACGGGAUGGGCAGACGCAGUCCUUACCUGUCUCAAAGUUGGUUCCCGGCGAUGUGAUCCACCUGCGCGGCGGCGCGCUGACGCCCGCGGACGUGGAGUGGCUCGAGGGCGACGUCCUGACGAUUGACACCGCGGCGCUGACCGGCGAGCCGCUCCCGCGGAAGUACCCCAGCGAGGAGUAUGGAAAGCUCAUCCUCUCCGGGACUACAGUCAAAUCUGGAGAGGCCUACUGCGUGGUGCGGCUCACGGGCACGAACACGGAGAUCGGACAGGGCCAGGCCGACAUCAUGGCUGACCGGCAGACGGCCGCCGUGAGUGUUUUCGAGCAGCGGGUCAUGGUGGUGGUGAACAUCAUCAUCUCGCUCGCAGUCUUGGAUGCGAUUUGCAUCGUGCUGGUGCAAGGUUUGGUGCGAAAUGGCUUCGAUGAGGACUUCAAGGGCACCCUGCUAACGGCCCUGUCCAUCCUCAUCGCUGCCGUGCCCAUCGCGCUGCCACUGGUGCUGCAAGUGACCAUGGCCAUUGGUGCUUACCGCAUGGCCACGGACCACCACGCUAUCGUCACGCGGAUGUCCGCGUUGCAGGAUAUCGCGUCCAUGGACGUCUUGUGCUCGGACAAGACGGGCACUUUGACAACUGCAAAGAUGAGCAUCAACUUGGAGAAGAUCUGGACUGCCAAGAAGGAGGGCUUCAAUGCGGUGGACCCCUACCUCUACCGGGCGCCGAACCAGGAGUUGGCUCAGCAGCAGAUGUUGCUGGUGAUGGGGAUUCUGGCCUCGAACCCUGACAAGAAGGACGAUGCCAUUGACGGAGCCCUGCUGAGAGCCUGGGACAAGAUGAAGCAGGAGCAGGGCGAUGCGCCCGGCAAGAUGAAGGAGGGCUAUGAACAGCUGGACCUUACUGGAUUCAAUCCCGAAGUGAAGAGGACCGUGGCCACGGUGAAGCGCCUCUACGAUGACCGGAAGCUCAUUGUGGCCAAGGGCUUGUGCUCAAAGGUGAUGGACACCUCGAGCGGUGGCCAAGACUCGGGGAAGCUCCAGUGGACGUGCGAGGAAUGCAAAGAGGAAGGCUUCUUGGAGAUGGUGCAGAAGACCGACCAGGAGUUGUCCUCCGCGGGCUACAAGACCAUCGCCGUGGCCGCCGGCAUCGAGGGGGAAGGCAUGCACUUCCUGGGCUUGUUGCCCAUGAUCGACCCCCCGCGCUACGAUACCGCCAUCACCGUGCGGCGGCUGAUGGAUGCGGGCGUGGAGGUGAAGAUGAUCACUGGCGACCACCUGAACAUUGCCAUCGAGACGGCACGCAUGGUGGGCAUGGCCACGAACAUCUUGCCCGGUGAGGCCACCCGCGAGGGCGGCCACACCGGCGACGAGACGAUCCGCCAGUCCGGUGGCUUCGCGCAGGUGUUGCCCAGGGACAAGCGCGAGUGCGUCUUGGCGCUGCAGCGCUCCUACGAGCUCGUGGUGGGCAUGACAGGCGACGGCGUGAACGACGCCCCGGCGCUCUCGGCGGCGCAGUGCGGCAUCGCCGUGGAGGACGCGACGGAUGCGGCGAAGAACGCAGCGGCGAUGAUCCUCACCACCGAGGGCCUCUCCGCGGUCUUUGGUGCCGUGGUGGAGUCCCGGAAGAUCUUCGCCCGGCUCUUCUCGUACGUCUCCUAUCGCCUGGCUGCCACCAUCCAGAUCUUGCUCUAUUUGAGUAUUUUGGUCUAUGUCUUUGACUGUACCCUCGACCCCUUGUACGUGAUCCUCCUGGCGCUCUUCAACGACGUCACCAUGAUCCCCGUGGCGGAGGACCGGCAGACGGCCGCCGCGGAGCCGCAGCACGCCAUGAUUGGGCACUUGAUUGGCUUCUCGAUGACCUUGGGCGUCUUCCAGAGUGUGGCAUCCAUCAUUUUCUACCUGUGCAUGGACAUGGGAUUGGUCAAGGGCAUUGAGAGCCACACCAAGACUGGGCACUACCCGACCUCAGUCCAUGCACAGAAUGCAAUCUGGCUCCAGGUGUCCAUCGCUGCGGAGUUCUUGAUCUUCUCAGCUCGGUCGCCUGGGCUUUUCUUCUUCAGCAGGCCUUCCACGGAGCUCUUCAUCUCCACCAUGCUGGGCAACGUGCUCUCCACGCUGUUGGCCGUGUAUGCCUUCCCAGAGCCUUUGGACGCCCAAGAGUGUCUGAUCGUUUGGGCCUAUGACCUUUGCGCGCUGCUGGCGGUGGAUUUGGCCAAGAUGGUUUACAAGUUUAUCCAUGAGGCAGGGGACGCUGGCAUCAUUGAUGAGUAUGAGCUGGCCUUGGAGGACGAGAGCCUGAAAAAGGAGGAUGAGAGUCAGCCCCCUGUGGACCCUGAAGCGAAACUGCGCUCCGUCCGGGAGAGCAUGAAGAUGAUGCAGCAGAACAGCAUGCGCAUGAGUCAGAAGGGUCGCAGCUCCAUGAAGUUCUUCGCCACGGGACAGCAGCGCUCUUCGCGCAUCAUGUCCCAAUCUUCCAGCAUGGCCAACAAGAGCUUCACAAAGAUGCGCAGCUCGAUGGUCUACGGCGACGACCUGCGGCUCCUGGGUUUCAGAUGGGGCCGCACCAGCCUGCGCUCCAACGAGCGCAGCGCCGGAAGCAGCGAGCGCGACGCGGAGCUGGAGCGCUUGAAGCUGCGGUGUGAUGACUUGGAGGAGGAGCGGAUGCAUUUAGCCGCCGAGCUCGAGCUGAGCCAAACGGAAUGUGCCAACCUGGCAGAGGCUCUGGAGAAGAAGGAUCGUGGUGAAGAGGACGAUGAGGCUGAUGAGCGAGAGGACUUGCAUGCCAGGUGCACGCGCCUGGAAGCAGAGAAGGAGAAGCUUCAGAAGCACGUGGAGAGGCUCUGGCAGAUGUCCGAAGCGCAGGCUCCCCAGGCCCGACAGGGCAGCGCCGGAGAAUUGACCUUCCAGGCGGCGACUGAGCGGGCGGUGACUGACAAGCUGGAGGACGAGAGGCGGCUUAGCCUUGCCCUCGAGGAGAAUGGUGAGCUUCAAGUGUUGGUGGAGACCCUGACAUCUCAAGUCAAAGACCUCGAGGAGCGCCUUGCAGCGGAAGAGGAGGCUGGCGGUGAGGCGGCGAGGUGUCAAGAGCUCACCCGGGAAAAGGCGGAGCUUGAGAAGGAGCUGGGCGAGCUGGCGGUCUCGGUGGCUGAAGUCCAGGGGAACCUCAAAAUGCAGCAUGAGCUGCGCGCGCGAGCGGAGGAGGCCUUGCGCGCAGAGCAGCAAGCACGUGAAGAGGCGGAGGCACGACUCUUGGCUGCCCAAGACGCACCCAAGGCUUCCGAGGCCGCCGCGCAGCUCCAGCUUCAGGCCGUGUCCGCCGAGAAGGAGGAUCUUCAGCAGGAGUUGGAAGACUCGAUGAAGGAGGUGGCCAGGCUGAAGGCGCAAGCCGAGGAGCAAUCACGGCUUCGGGCCAAGGCAGAGGCCUCUCUGGAUGCGGAACGCCUGGCGCGCGAGGAGGUGGUCCGCCGCAGCGCGGAGGGAGCCAGGACGGAGAUGGAGGCGCCGCGGUCCACGGCGUCACCGCCGCUUCAGAUGCAGCUUCAGGCGCUGGAGGCCCAGAGAGAAGACCUUCAACAGGAAUUGGACUCCUCGUUGAAGGAAGCGGCCCGGCUGAAGGGUCAAGUGGAGGAGCAGACGCGCUUGCGGGCCAAGGCGGAGGCCUCCUUGGAUGCCGAACGCCUGGCCAGGGAAGAGGUGGUGCGCCGGAGCAUGGAGUCGUCCAGGAGCUUGGCAGAGAUGGAGCAGGAACUGCAGCGCCACGCCGAG